AUGGCUGCGCUUCUCCUCAUAGGGGUGCUGGCGGCCCCGGGUGUGGGGAGCCACCCUCUGGACACCCCCCACCGUCCUCAGGAGCUGCCUCCAGGACUCUCAAAAAACAUCAAUGUCACAUUCUUCAAUGGCAUGUUUAAAAAUGUGGAAAGUGCAACGGAAAUUUUUGACUGCCUGGGCUCCCACUUCACCUGGCUGCAGGCCGUCUUCACCAACUUCCCCGCGCUGCUCCAGUUCGUCAGCGGCCUGCGGUGCGUGGCUGCUCUCUGCCCCCGAGACCUGGAAGAUUACGGCUGCACCUGCAGGUUUGAGAUGGAAGGGCUGCCGGUGGACGAGUCUGACAGCUGCUGCUUCCAGCACCGCAGGUGCUACGAGGAGGCUGCCGAGAUGGACUGUCUCCAGGACCCGACCAAGAUUAGCACAGAUGUCAACUGCGUCAACAAGAAGAUCACGUGUGAGUCCAGGGACCCUUGUGAGCGCCUGCUCUGUACCUGUGACAAGGCUGCCAUCGAGUGCCUGGCCCAGUCCACCAUCAACUCCUCCCUGAACCUGCUGGACCCCUCCUUCUGCCUGGCCCAGCCUCCGGAGACAACCAGCAGGAAGGAGCUGACGGCCCUUCUGCCCGGAGUGGAACCUGCGGAGCCCACAGACGCCAGCCUGGUGGCCCUCUCAGGAGAAGUGUCUGCUGAGACCAGAGGCGACCAAUUGACCACUCUCUCCAGGACAAGUAAGCCAAGGGGACUUCAGAGGACAGCAGAGGACAAAUACCAGGAAGACACAGAGGCCACGAGGACAACGACCCCCCCGGGGUCUGCAGAGAUCGCUGCCACGGCCGGAGGUGUGACCGUUGUUCCCGCCGCCGGCAGUGGAUCUCCGGGGCUGGCUGCGUCACCCGUCCGACGUGGGCCUGAGCUGACAACUGGGAGAGCUUGUGACAGGGUCACCUUCCUGCACCUGGGAAGUGGGGACAACACACAGGUGAUGCCGCAGCUGGGAGAGAUGCUCUUCUGCCUGACGUCCCGGUGCCCGGAGGAGUUUGAAUCUUACGGCUGUUACUGUGGGCAAGAAGGACGAGGCGAACCAGUGGACACCCUGGACAGGUGCUGUUGGUCUCACCACUGCUGCCUGCAGCAGCUGAGGAGACUGGGCUGCCUGCUCGAGAGGCUUCCUCGGUCCCCGGUGGGGUGCACGGACGGCGCGCCCAAGUGUGCGGGGCAGAGCCUGUGCGCGAAGCUGCUUUGUGUCUGCGACCAGACGGCAGCUGAGUGCAUGGCCGCUGCCUUCUUUAACCAGAGCCUCCAGUCGGCGGGCAGGCCCGAGUGCCCGGGUGGCCCGGCCCUCUGCCAGGGCGGCGUGCAGGGCCCGCCUUCCGCUUCCUCCCUUGGCUCCAGCUCUGAGAGCAGCGAGGAGGCCCUUCCCCAGCCAGUACACCUGAGAAGAACCUGA